AUGGAGCACAUCCGACAGGCUUUCGCUCGAGCUGCGAGUCAGCAGCGUGCUGCCCUAGUGGCCUAUAUCACAGCAGGGUACCCUACGAUCGAGGAGACGGUCGAACUGCUCCUGGCACUUGAGACUGGCGGCGCUGAUGUUAUCGAACUUGGCGUUCCAUUCACCGAUCCGAUUGCCGACGGCCCAGUCAUCGAGGCAGCCAAUGUAAAAGCCCUAGCGAAUGGGGUCACGAUCACAACGGUCUUGGGUAUGGUGCGUGAGGCGAGGACGAGAGGUGUCCGGGUCCCGAUCCUGUUGAUGGGGUACUAUAACCCAAUUCUCCUAUAUGGGGAGGAGCGGAUGGUCAGCGACUGCAAAGACGCAGGCGUCAAUGGCUUCGUGAUGACAGACUUGCCGCCGGAGGAAGCAGGUUCUUUCCGCGGGCUUUGCAACACAUUCGGGCUCUCGUUCAUCCCACUUGUCUCCCCUGCGACGCCCGAUGCGCGCGUCAAGCUGCUGUGUCAGAUGGCCAACUCGUUUAUCUAUGUGGUUUCACGCAUGGGCGUGACGGGUGCUACUGACCGGUUGGGCGAGGAUCUUGGGGAGCUCAUGAGCCGAGUUCGAACUUGGUCUGGGAGAACUCCCACCGCCGUAGGAUUCGGCGUGAGUACACGGGAGCACUUCUUAGCGGUGCAGGACAUCGCGCAGGGCUGCGUGAUCGGGAGCCAAAUUCUCAAGGUAAUAGGCGCGGCUCCGGCUGGUCAAGCGGCCACUCGUGUGGUAGAAUACCUCGCUGGAAUCACGGGCCGCAGGAUGACGAGAGGAACAAACGGGGUGCUCAUAGACUAUCAGAGCGCCACUCAACCGGUUUUCCGUGACCAAAGAAAUGCCCUGUAUCUGGACAGUCGGGUUCCCUCCAGCAUACGGUUCGGUGAAUUCGGCGGUCAGUAUGUUCCAGAGGCCCUUAUAAACUGCCUUUUGCAACUCGAGCGCGGAUUCGAAGCAGCACGCCAGGACCCUACCUUCUGGGACGAAUUUCGGGCCCAUUACGCCUACCUCGGCCGGCCCAGCAGUCUUCAUCUUGCGGCGCGGCUUACAGAACACGUCGGGGGAGCGAAUAUUUGGCUAAAGCGAGAGGAUCUCAACCAUACGGGGAGCCAUAAGGUGAAUAAUGCUCUCGGUCAGAUUCUUCUUGCGCGACGACUAGGAAAGACGAGGAUCAUCGCCGAGACUGGAGCCGGCCAACAUGGUGUAGCCACAGCCACUCUAUGCGCUAAAUUUGGUCUACAAUGCGUCAUCUACAUGGGUGAAGAGGAUACACGCCGACAAGCCUUGAAUGUGUUCCGCAUGAAGCUGCUAGGCGCAGAAGUUGUGCCAGUUCAGACGGGGGGGCGGACUUUGCGCGAUGCAGUCAGCGCGGCUCUCCGGGCAUGGGUAUCAACCCUAGACACGACGCAUUAUGUCCUGGGUUCGGUGUCAGGACCGCACCCAUUCCCCACGAUUGUGCGUACCUUUCAAUCAGUCAUUGGAGAUGAAACCAAACAACAAAUGAACGAAGCUAUUGGUCGACUUCCCGACGCGGUGGUUGCCUGCGUGGGAGGCGGAAGUAAUGCCUCGGGCAUGUUCUAUCCCUUCCUUCACGAUCCGGUCCAGCUUCUAGGCGUCGAGGCUGGAGGCGAUGGUUUAGAUACCUCUCGCCAUUCAGCGACGCUAACCCGGGGCAGCAAGGGCGUGCUUCACGGGGUGUAUACGUAUCUGCUGCAAGAUAAUCAAGGGCAGGUUUCGACCACGCAUUCGAUCUCGGCGGGCAUGGAUUAUCCGGGAGUUGGCCCGGAACUAAGCUCCUGGAAGGAUAGCCAGCGAGCUCGAUUCAUGGCUGCUACGGAUGCGCAAGCGUUGCGCGGAUUUCGUGCACUAGCGGAAUACGAAGGGAUCUUGCCUGCGCUGGAAUCUUCUCAUGCUGUCUAUGGGGCGAUGGAGCUGGCCAGGACGAUGGAGAAGGGGCAGAAUAUUGUCAUCAGUCUGAGCGGAAGAGGCGACAAGGAUGUUCAGAGCGUAGCUGAUCAUCUUCCUCGGUUGGGUCCGGAAAUUGGAUGGGAUUUGAUAUUCUAA